AUGGAUGCAAGUCCUCCAUCACGGACCUCAUCGCGUAUGGAUAGUAAGGUCAUCAACAACAAAACAGAGGAAGUGUCGCCAACCAAGACCUCACCUUCUCAGAAGCCGUCGACAAUACCAGACUCGAAAUCGACUUCGCAGGCCGAAGAUACGAAGCCCGCAGUGACCGUCACCGAACCACUCGCGCCUCCGCCAAAACCAUCCAACCCAGCCGAGACACCAGACUAUUUCUCGGGCUUGCACAAUCCUUCCGCCGGCAUCUCAGGCGAAUUCAAUCCAUUCGAGUCAUCCUUUGGCGCGCCGUCGUCAGAAACGCCAGGCAAGGCCCAACUACCUGGCAUCGCGGCUCUCACAUCGCCUGCAAUCCCAGGCACGACCACGGGAGGAGGGUAUAGUUGGGCGCAAGCUGGUCAAUCGCUAAGAACCGGGCCUCUGAGCCCUGCUAUGCUCCAGGGUCCGGCUGGAGGAGACUACUUCGGUUACAGAGGAGGUGGCGGCUUACCGACUCCUAACGAGUCCUCACUACGGACAGGUCUUACACCAGGCGGCAGCCUGUCUAUGUUCCCUGCCCCAAGCCCGGGCUCAUCUCUAUAUCCAUUCCAAAGUGGUAGUGCGACACCUGGUACCUUGGACUUUCACCGAACUGCUCUGAACGCCGCUGCUCAGCGCAAGAAUACUCAGACGGCCACGACUUCCAAUCCUCAGGAGUCCUCGAACAUGGACGCUCAACACGACGCCACUGACGCUGCUAACGGCUUGUUCAUGCUCGCUAAAGGCGCACAAGCGAACGGCCAAUACACACAGAACUCGAACUCACAACAAAUGCAAACACGGAGCAGCGGUCGGCCCGCGCCUGGCUCAGGUAGUGUCAGUGCCAACGGCGACGGUGAAAGCCCCGAUGACACCCCAACGACUCGAGGACGGGGUAAGAAGGCCACUGUCAAGACAGAGACACCUGCUCGUCGAAAGUCCGAGGCAACAACAAAGGCUAGCAACAAGCGAUCGAAAGGCAACAAUGGUCACGUCAAUGUUGAUCCUGCUCUCGCCAAGGAAGAGGACUUCGAUGAAGACGAUGACGACGACGACAUGAUGGGCGAUGAUGAUAUGGGCGGACAAACCUCAGGAAAGUCCAAAAUGACGGACGAGGAGAAACGCCGCAACUUCCUGGAACGCAAUCGUGUCGCUGCACUUAAAUGUCGUCAGCGGAAGAAGCAAUGGCUUGCCAACCUCCAAGCCAAGGUCGAGAUGUACUCAGCUGAGAACGAGAGUCUGACACAGCAGGUCGGCCAACUGCACGAAGAGGUGCGCAACUUGCGAACUCUUCUACUGAGUCAUAAAGAUUGCAGCGUAGGUCAUCAGCAGGGCCUCGGACAAUUUUUGAACGGCAUGCAGGAUCCUAACCAGUUCAACGUUCAUGCCAACCCAUACGGCAUGGGCAACAUGAACGGUGGAAUGCAGGCAGCAAUGCAACGGUCGUAA